CAGUAGAUACGAACUGUCACUCCGCACACGGUGUUCAAACGGCGUUAACUUGCAUCGGAGACUAAUCUCCGCUCUAUUCAUCUAUACUGCUUCGCCGGUGUUUUCUUAUUUUCCAGUUUUUUUGCGUCUUGAAUUAAUCUUUAUACGCAUAAUCCGCCUGAUCUCGCUCGCCAUUCCGAUACUGCGAACGAUCGUGUGAACAACGGGGCCCGUGCAAGAGAGAGAGAAAGUACUGGUGGACGAUAGGCACCGAUAAUAAAAAAAAGUCGAACCGUGUGACGAAAAGAAAGGAAAAGUAAAAAGUCUAAUCCAGCGACGAAGAUCCGACAGGUUUUAUUGGAAAGGCGCAAAUUGAUCAGUGGACUUUGGUCAAAGAUCUUUCGGGAUCGCGAGACGAUCGGAGACAGCUGUACAUAUCGCCGAUUACCCUAGCUUCGGCUGGUGGCAAGAAGAUUCUGGUCGAGAUUCAGUGACGGAUUUUGUUCUAUUUACAAAGUCGGAUUACGAGAUGUCGUACAUCGUGGAGUGGUAUAGAGAUUUGAUGGAUAACAGAAAUGAUCCGAGAACACAAGAAUGGUUUUUGGUACCUAGUCCUGGUCCAGUUCUGACGAUCAUAGCGACGUAUAUAUACUUUUGCGUUUCCGCCGGACCGAGAUACAUGAAGGACAAGAAGCCGUACAAUUUGAGAAACACUCUGAUAAUUUAUAACUUCAUCCAGGUUCUGCUAAGUCUUUAUCUGGUUUACGAGGGCUUGAUGGGUGGUUGGUUGUACGAAUACAAUUUUGUUUGUCAACCAGUCGAUUAUUCAUACAAACCGAGUUCAGUGAGAAUGGCCCACGGCGUUUACAUGUACUUUAUGUGCAAGCUGAUUGAGCUACUGGACACGGUGUUCUUUGUGCUGCGCAAGAAAGACCGGCAGAUCUCGUUCCUGCAUCUCUACCAUCAUUCGCUAAUGCCGAUCUGCGGCUGGAUCGGCGUCAAAUUCCUCGCCGGCGGGCACCCGACGCUCCUCGGCGUCAUCAACGCCUUCGUCCACGUAUUCAUGUACACCUACUACAUGCUGGCCGCGUUCGGACCUCAUAUGCAGAAGUAUCUCUGGUGGAAGAAGCACCUGACCACCUUGCAGAUCGUGCAGUUCUUCAUAGUAUUCUGCCACAAUUUCCAAAUGCUGUUCACCAGCUGCAACUUCCCCAAGCCGCUCUCGUUCCUGCUCACGCUCAACGCCGGCUUGUUCAUUUACAUGUUCGGAUCGUUUUACGUGAACAAUUAUAUGAAAUCGGACACGGGACGGAAAUCAAAAGUCAAUGGCGCUAUUAAUGGCGCUAUUAAUGGCGCUGUUAACGGUAACGCAAUCUCUAACGGGAUAAACCACGGUAAAUCCGAUUAAAAGACUCGCUGCGAGGAGCCCUUCUGGCCGUAUACAUGUAAGAACUGUAACUGUGAGAGUAGAAGAAUGAUUUUCCAAGGUUCUUUCAAGAAUAAAUUUAUUUUAGAGCG